AUGUAUCGUUUUGCGGCAAAUCUUGCUUCUAAAGCCAGGGUUGCAAGAAGGAGCAGUCAGCAGAUUGGUAGUAGUUUGGGUUGGAGCAGAAACUAUGCUGCAAAAGACAUUAGAUUUGGAGUGGAGGCCAGAGCUCUUAUGCUCAAGGGUGUUGAAGAGCUUGCCGAGGCAGUUAAAGUUACCAUGGGCCCGAAGGGGCGUCAUGUUGUGAUUGAGCAAAGUUGGGGUGCCCCUAAAGUGACAAAGGAUGGUGUCACGGUGGCAAAGAGCAUUGAGUUCAAGGACAAAGUCAAGAACAUUGGUGCGAGCCUUGUAAAGCAGGUUGCAAAUGCCACAAACGACGCAGCUGGUGAUGGUACUACAUGUGCUACAGUCCUAACCCGUGCAAUAUAUACCGAGGGCUGCAAGUCGGUUGCAGCUGGCAUGAAUUCAAUGGAUCUAAGACGAGGUAUUUCCAUGGCUGUUGAUGCUGUGGUUACAAACUUAAAGAGCAGAGCACGGAUGAUAAGUACAUCGGAGGAAAUUGCACAGGUUGGGACAAUCUCAGCAAAUGGAGAAAGAGAAAUUGGAGAGCUGAUUGCAAAGGCUAUGGAAAGAGUUGGCAAAGAGGGUGUUAUCACCAUUCAAGAUGGAAAAACGCUGUUCAAUGAAUUGGAAGUAGUUGAGGGAAUGAAGUUGGACAGAGGCUAUAUCUCUCCGUACUUCAUUACAAAUCAGAAGAACCAGAAAUGUGAGUUGGACGACCCUCUCAUUCUUAUACAUGAGAAGAAAAUUUCAAACUUAAAUGCUGUUGUUAAAGUAUUGGAGUUAGCUUUGAAGAGGCAAAGACCUCUAGUGCUGGUUGCUGAAGAUGUGGAAAGUGAAGCACUUGCAACUCUUAUCCUUAACAAGCUCCGUGCUGGAAUAAAGGUUUGUGCUAUAAAAGCUCCUGGGUUUGGUGAAAAUAGGAAGGCUAAUUUGCAGGAUCUUGCUGCUUUAACGGGUGGCCAGGUCAUAACAGAAGAGCUUGGAUUGAAUCUGGAAAAUGUAGAGUUAGAUAUGCUUGGCUCGUGUAAAAAGAUCACAAUAUCUAAGGACGACACUGUUAUUCUUGAUGGAGCUGGUGAGAAGAAAGCCAUAGAGGAAAGAUGCGAGCAGAUUAGGUCAGCAAUUGAAUUGAGUACUUCCGACUACGACAAGGAGAAGUUGCAAGAAAGACUUGCUAAGCUAUCUGGUGGUGUAGCUGUAUUAAAGAUUGGAGGAGCUAGUGAAGCAGAAGUUGGUGAGAAGAAAGACAGGGUUACAGAUGCACUAAAUGCCACAAAGGCAGCUGUUGAAGAGGGAAUUGUACCAGGUGGUGGUGCUGCUCUUUUAUAUGCAUCAAAAGAACUCGAUAAAUUGCCAACAGCCAACUUUGACCAGAAGAUUGGUGUACAAAUUAUCCAAAAUGCGUUGAAGACACCAGUACAUACAAUUGCUUCAAAUGCGGGAGUGGAGGGCGCUGUUGUUGUCGGCAAGCUGUUGGAACAGGAUAACCCGGAUCUUGGUUAUGAUGCAGCUAAAGGUGAAUAUGUUGAUAUGGUCAAGGCAGGAAUUAUCGAUCCAUUGAAAGUCAUCAGAACUGCACUGACUGAUGCUGCCAGCGUGUCUUCUUUAAUGACGACAACAGAAGCAAUUGUUGUUGAACAACCUAAGGACGAGAAGGCGGCCCCUGAAAUGGGCGGUGGCAUGGGUGGAAUGGACUACUAA